AAGUAAUAUGACGCAGCGUGUGGUCGCCUCCUGCUGGAUAUCUCGCGCCAAAGCAGCAGCAGAGUCGUGGUGUCAAAACAAAACAACUUUUACUUUACAGAAUUGAUAAAUCUAGCAGCAACAAUGGCUGAGUUAAGCACAGGAAUUAUUGCAGAUAUUGUUGAGGGGGCUCAUCCAGAGAAUCCAGUUCUUCAGAUAUUGUCCAUGAAGCGCAUUCCUAGUGGUGCUCAAGAGCGCUACCGCCUACUGUUGUCAGAUGGCCACUGGACAAGCAGCUUUGCUAUGUUAGCCACACAGCUCAAUAGCAUGGUUGGCUCUGGUGAGAUCUCCAAUAACUGCAUAAUCACACUGAAACGUUACAUUUGUAAUACUGUUCAAGAUAAUAAGAAGAUUGAAGCCAGCACAUUAGACUCCAGUAUAAUUGGUCAUUGA